CCAAAAAUCUCCAGAUAAUUGUAUAAUGUAUGGCCAGCCUAAUGCAGGCCAUAGCUGGGUUGAAAAUCGGCCGAAUUUUUCGGCUGAAAAUAAAAUCGGCCGAUUUUCGGAUCGUUAGUGGGCUAAAUGUUCGGCCGUUUUUCGGUAUUUUGGCAGAUUUUUUUAUCGGUAAAAAAAAUCGGCCGAUUUUCAACCCGUCUAUGGCCUGCAUAAGUAUAGCAAAGGAGCAAAGCUAAAUUUUAGACAACAAAAUC